GCGGUUCUGCUGUAUGUAGGUUACUUGUGUUCAGCAUGGCUAAAUUGUUGCAUGCCAUCACACUUUUAAUCGUUGUUUUAGAAGCCAGACAAGAACAAAACCCCACAGAUGCACACCAGUUAGCUACUAAUUCUUACAGCACAGCGGCAGCAAACAGAACGACCACUACCGGAACGCUUCGAUCAGACACUCUGCUUCAUGAAAACGUCACACAGUCAACCGUCUCGGAACAUUUUUCAUGGAAAGACACGUCCGGGACCUCAACUCAAGGCAGCAUCAAUGUCACUGAAGGAAAAACAACUUCGGCUGUCCAAAAUGACAGCACAGGAACCACCGCUCAAAAGAGCCGCGAAACGUCUCCAUUAACAAACGCAGUGUCAUCUACACAUAGCGUGGCAGCUCCUUCAGCAGGAAAGGUGAAUACAACCUCUACUACAGCUCCAUAUUACACGGAAAGGGAUCGCCUGGCACCAAAUGCAGGGUUUGUGGCUGUGCUGUGCAUUUUCUUUAUAAUUCUGUGUUUGGUACUUUUCGUUGUGAUCGUCAAGGCCAUCACCUCCAGGAAACCACAGUUUGAAAGGCUGGAUGAUUUACCAAUGAACAAGAUGAGUGAGGAUGCACCAUUUGCCAAAUACUCUCCAAAUUAAAGGCGAUUAUUUUUCUUUUUCAAAAUAAAGAUUUCUAUCUAGUUCCAACCACAAAUGUCACAUAGGCAUAUGUAUAUAUGACUUAAAAAGAGUUCUACAUUAAGGAAAGAGCCCAUGUCCUGCUUGAUGUACCAAAAGUCGAGAUGCUACUGCACUGUAGCCUAAAUGUAUGCAAAUAAUAUUACAUGUAAAACGUGUUUUAACAAGUAGAAAGGACUCCUGUAACUUAGUUAUGUUUCUCACAUAGUGGAAUGAACAUGUAGAGUGGAUAUUUUCAUAAAGACCAAAUGAAUAAAUUAGUAAUUAUUUGUAUAUGUUUGAAUAUCAAAUGAUUAUUCUGGUUGCCUGUUUGAA